AUGAUUGCAGACACUAUAUUAAUUGUUGUUAUCUCAAUUGUUACUGCUCUUUUUGGAGAAGGUCUUACAUGGGUUCUUGUUUACAGAACUGACAAAUAUAAAAAACUAAAAAAUGAAGUUGAAAAACAAAGUAAAAAAUUGGAAAAACAAAAAGAAACUGUUGCAAUAGACACAUCUGACAGAAACCAUAAAAAAAAAUUAGAAAGACAAGAAGAAAAGCUGAAAACGAAUAACAGGGACCUUUCGAUGGUGAAAAUGAAGUCAGUGUUUGCUAUUGGAAUUGCUUUUACAGCCUUGCUCAGCAUAUUUGAAGGAAGAGUGGUGGCCAAGUUACCAUUUGUUCCCAUAAGCUGGUUGCAAAAUAUUUCUCACAGGAAUUUGAUUGGAGAGGAUUACACUGAUUGCUCUUUCAUUUUUCUCUACAUACUUUGCACUAUGUCAAUUAGACAGAAUAUUCAGAAAAUGUUGGGUUUCGCACCUUCAAGAUCAGCUAAUAAGCAAAGUAGUGGAUUUUUCUCAUCAUCAGCUCCAAUUGGGAAAUAA